AUGGACAACAAUUUGGGAUUGGAAUUUGGAUUGGAAUUUGGCGUUGCACAAGUGGAGGCUAAAAAACUGCAAAAACUCUUUGAAGCUGGGGCACAAUUUAUCUUAUUCCGAUGGCAACCUGAAAGAUAUUUUGAAGACAUUGGGAGAAAUAAACUCGCAAGUUUACGUUCCGCUACGCUUGCAAUCGCAUAUUUACCAGCAAGUAUCGUUUUGAAAAAGAACCAGUACACAUUAUUAACCGUUCUUCUCAUGGAAAUUUUAAAUUCUGCGAUGGCCGUCCCAUAA